UUCGGAAGUCCAAAAUGAUUAGCUCAUUAAAACUCAGUCUCAUCCUAGUUCUGUCGCUGUCCACAAUGCAUGUGUUUUGGUGUUAUCCAGUUCUAUCUUCUAAGGUGUCUGGAAAAUCUGAUUACUUUCUCAUUCUGCUGAACAGCUGCCCAACCAGAUUGGACAGGAGCAAAGAACUAGAUUUUCUAAAGCCAAUUUUGGAGAAGAUGUUUGUGAAAAGGUCCUUUCGCAAUGGAGUUGGCACAGGGAUGAAAAAUACUUCCUUUCGAAGAGCAAAAUCAUGACUAAGUGUGCAAAGGACUCCGGGAAUUAAUCUCAAAUUGUAGAGUGUGACUGACAUGCUCAAAGUCCAUCGUCUCCUUAUCAUUGAGUGUUGGCAUGCUCUUGAUUCUCAAAUAUUUUUCCUCUCCU